UGUUUAAAGUAACCAGCUGUAUGCAAAUUAAAUUUUACAUAUUCAUACUUGUAAUCAAAAUGGCGACUCACGCGGCGAGUGUUUCGUGUCUUCUGCUCUUUUUGUCGAUGUUUUCUGUCUGUUUUGGUCAAGCGCCACAUCGGAGAUUCGAGUACAAACACAGCUUCAAAGGCCCGCACUUGAUGCAAAAAGAUGGCUCUGUUCCAUUUUGGCAGUAUGGUGGAAGUGCAUUUGCCUCAGAUGAACAAGUCAGAAUUACACCCUCCAUACGGAGUCAAAGAGGUUACAUCUGGUCCAAGUACAAGGUGCCGUACGACCAUUGGGAAGUGGAGUUUUUCUUCAAGGUGACCGGUCGAGGGAGGGUCGGCGCAGAUGGCUUGGCUUUCUGGUAUGUGGAUAAAAAACCGGAUGGGGUGGCAUCGACCCCAGAGCAGCAACACCCUCCUCAGCACCCGAACCAAAUCAGUGUCUUUGGCGGGCCGGACAAGUGGAACGGCCUGGCGGUGAUGUUUGACUCCUUCGACAACGACAACUUGCGCAACAACCCGUACAUCCUGGCCAUAGUCAACGACGGCAGGCUGGAGUACCAGCACACCACGGACGGGAUGAACCAGCAGCUCGGUGGAUGCCUAAGGGACUUCCGAAACAAGCCCUACCCGGUCCGGGCCAAGGUUGAGUACUACCGGAAAACGCUCACGGUUUAUAUCCACAGCGGAUGGACCAACAUAGACACCAACUACGAGAUAUGCCUGAGAAGAGAGGACGUGACGUUACCCAAGGACGGCUACUUUGGGGUGACCGCAGCCACUGGCGGGCUAGCAGAUGAUCACGAUGUCAUUAAAUUUUUGACGCACAGUCUGAUACCCCCAGACGAACCACGGACUCCUCCUAAAGAUCAAGCAAUUUCGGAUGAUGAGGAGGAACGUUUUAAGAAGGAGUACGAUGAAUACUAUGAAAAACUACAGCAACAGAAGAAAGAAUUUCAGGAGAAGCAUCCAGACAAAGUGAAAGAUCAUAUACUAGAAGAGACGUUUUUUGAAGAUACAGAAACAAGAGAAUUAAGACAGAUCUAUGAAGUUCAGACCACAAUCAGUAGAUCAAUUGUUGAACUGAAUCGCAAGCUGGACGAGAUCGUCGGACGGCAGGAGCGUACUCUCUCGGCCAUCUCCGCCGUCCAGGCAGCUGGCCGAGGCGGCGGGGCUCCGCCUGCCUCCACGGGGGGCCAGCCAUCACCACCAACCACCUCAGAAAUCAAGAGGCACGAAGUUGACACGAUAUUAAACACACAGCAGGAGCUGCAGCGGUCAAUCAGGGACGUCAGGAGCGUUGUAGGCGACGUCCAGGCCAAAGCGAGCAGCAUCCACAACAGAGUGGACAGCGUCGCCCAGGGCAACCAGGGCAACCAGGAUUUCCUGCUGACCCACGAGCUGCGGGAUAAAAUCAGCUCACUGACCGGCGACGUCAGCCAACUACUCAGGAAAGCCACUCAAGCCCCCACAGUGCAAUGCCCACCUCAAGAGGAAUACCCCAACUGUUUAACUCCAGUUUAUUUCAUUUUUCUGCUUGUUAUACAAGGAGGUUUUUUCUUCUUAUAUGCUGUCUAUAGGAGUAAACAAGAAGCGGCAGCCAAGAAGUUUUACUAGUGACACAAAGCGGUGUAUGUAAAACUUUGGGUUUUUAAAUAAUGAAGCUGAUUUGCUUUUUUUUUAAAUUUUUUUUUUGGGAUGUCGCUUCUUUUACCUAGAGAAUUGUGGACUAUAAAAUGUAAUUGAGUUCUGUUGUGAAGAGAAAUGUGAAACUCAACAUUGCGAAGUUUUUUCUUUCAAAUGAAAUAUGAAUUCCAUGAAAUCUCUGAUUUUUAUUCCAAAGAUCUGUUGUCUUCAGUCGCCGUAUGUGAGAACUAAGAAAUUAUUCCAACUCGUGUUUAUUCAGAACUGUCUUGGACAUUAUGCAAUUACUAUUUUUGUUUUGCCACAACUGACCUAGAGAUUUCAGUUGCAAUUUGAAAUAUAUUUAUUUAAUCUUAAUGCAAAGCAGGUGCUAAAGUUUCAAGAAACUAUUCACGAUGUGUACUUGCGAGGAAUGUUAAUGUAAUUUAUUCCAUCAAAAGUCCAGUUUGGGGGACUUAUUUUAAUGCCAAAUCACUCCGCGUCUUUAGGCAGAACCCAGGAAUUACAUUAGUCAGCUAACCAGUUAAACUUCCUUAAACUCUACCGCUCUAGGUAGAAUACUCUACUUCUUCCAUGUUUCCUGAAAGAAUUGCUCUCUACUUCAAGAAAACAUGGAAUCAUAUGCCAAUUUUUAACUAGUUUUCCCCAUUAUUUGAAAAAUAUUGUCAGUCAUCUGAUUGGGAGAGUCAUAUUGCAGAAAAGAGGGAAAAAUUGUGAAAAUAUUACACAGUGACUCAACAAUUUUGUUUUAUUUUGUGAAACUUUUGUUCAGUUGUUUCAUAUAAAAACCAGCUUUACCCUCUACAGGUGCCCCGCUAGGAUUACAAAGAAUCUGGCUGCAUACAGGAAGGUUUAAUGACAGUAAACUUGCCAUUACAAAGUUGCUACACCUGGCAUGGUUCACUUGUAGCACCAUCACUGUCAGUAAUUCUCACGUGCAACCGGACUAUUCGAUCAAUUUCAACAAGCAUAUUAGGGUGUACGGUGUAAUAUACUGAGUAUUGCCAGUCGUUAUUAACAUAGCCUGUUUGACAGUGACGGGCGUUUCGGGCCAGGGCGAAUGCAAAAGUGAAGGGGAUUUGACGUUGCCAAACAUUUGCAGUGAAAUGCGCUCAAGUUGGAAUUUGUUCAGGGCUAACAUCUGAUCUGACAUCAGAUAGUUGUAAUGUUGUUCGUACCAUUCCAGUGCCCUACCUAAGUAUAUCUAUGCCUGUGAUAGGUUGUCAGCAAACCUGUGUCAAGUUCACUUUCA